AUGCCAGUGCAAGACGACACUUCCUUACCAGAUCUUUCAACCGACGGUCUUGAGUUGCUUGGAAUCGGAAUCUCGGGUAUUGUAUACGCCCUUGACAAGGACACUGUGGUCAAGACCGCUCCAAUCUACAACAAUGAGUACGCCACCAACUCAAGCUUUGAAGAUCUCCAGACCGAGAGAGCCGUGUACCAGCAGCUAGGAUCUCAUCCGCGAAUAUGUCAAUACAUCUCAUCCGUGCAACGGGGGAUUGUUCUUGAGAGAUUUGGUGAAGCACUCCGAAAGCGGCUGCGAGAGCUGCACGAGCAGAACAAGACGCCGUCCCCAACCCAGGCUCUCAAGUGGUCUACUCAAGUUGCCGAGGGCGUGGCGUAUCUCCACCAAAAGGGGAUUGUGCAAGGAGAUGUCGGCUGUCAUAACAUUCUUUUGAAAGGCGACGAGAUCAAGUUCUGCGACUUUGGGGGCUCCUCAAUUAACGGAAAGCCAGCCGAGGCUGGUUACGAAUGCCGAUCUCAACGCUGGGACGAGACUGGGGAGAAUCCUUCGAUUCAGAGCGAACUAUUUGCCCUUGGAUCGACCAUCUAUGAAAUCUGGACCACCAUGAAGCCUUACCAAGACGAACCGGAGGAGGUCGUCGAGCAAAACUACAAGGCCCAGCGCUUUCCGGAAGUCAGAACCCUUCCGGUGGCCGAAAUCAUCCUAAAUUGCUGGCAUGGCACUUAUCAAUCUGCGGGUGAGGUGGUCGCCGCUCUUCAAUCACUUCAGGACGAUCCAACAAGGAUGCACAAAUCCAAGGAUUCAAAUGUUGCUGCCAAUAGGAGGACUGUCCUUGCAGCUCUUGCCUGCGUCAUCACUGCCUUUGUCCUAGCAGCCUGGCUCCAGCUGAACCAAAUUCAUCGGCCAACAUAUUUCGAAAGGCUCAUGUCUGGCGACAACGCCGAUAAGAGUAGCAUUUUGGCAGUGCCGUUCCAAUCCUCGGGUGGUUGGAUUGGCACAGAGGGAAUAGGCUCGGGGGGCGCAGUCAACUUAGCCGUGUUGGAAGCACGGCUCGAACAGGCGUCUGCCUUGAAGAAGGUUGUCGAUGCGAUCAAAGACCUCGUCCAAGAUUGCAAUUUCGACUGCAAUGACUCUGGCGUGGCCCUCCAGGCCAUGGACAACUCGCAUGUCGCCCUUGUUUCCAUGAUGCUCAAAGCAGAGAUGUUCUCUCCCUACCGAUGCGACCGCAACAUUGCCCUGGGCAUCAACCUCAACUCCCUGACCAAAGUCCUCCGAGCCGCACAAAACGAAGAUAUUCUCACACUCAAGGCUGAAGAUGCGCCGGACGUCGUCAACUUGGUCUUCGAGAGCAGCGAGACGGACCGUUUGAGCGAAUAUGAUAUCAAGUUGAUGGACAUUGAUCAAGAGCAUUUAGGCAUCCCAGACACUGAAUAUGCUGCCACCAUCGAAAUGCCCAGUGCAGAGUUCCAGCGCAUUUGCCGGGAUCUGAUCGCCAUGUCCGAGUCAGUUUCUAUCGAGGCAAGCAAGGAUGGCGUGCGGUUCGCUUGUCAAGGUGACAUCGGAAGUGGCAGCGUCACCCUCCGACAACACAAGAACAUCGACAAACCUGACCUCGAUGUGACCAUCAAUCUUACCGAGCCCGUGUCCCUGACUUUCUCCCUCAAAUAUCUCGUCAACUUCUGCAAAGCUAGCGGCCUGUCCUCCAGAGUCAAGCUGUGCCUGUCUCAGGAAGUGCCGUUGCUGGUGGAGUACGGUCUAUCUGGCAGCAGCUAUCUACGAUUUUACCUGGCUCCAAAGAUUGGUGAUGACGAAUAA